AUGGAUGGGAAUGAUUCUCGAUAUGAUUCAGAAAGUCGUGUCAGCAAUGAAUCUGAAAAUGAUGAUAUAAAUUCAAAAAAAAAAAAUGAAGAAUCUGAUCGGGAUAUUUCGAACGAUUCGCAAAGUCGUAGAAGCCAAAGCGGAAGAAGCCAAAGUGAUAGAAGCCAAAGCGGUAGAAGCCAAAGCGGCAGAAGCCAAAGCGGUAGAAGCCAAAGCGGCAGAAGCCAAAGUGAUAGAAGCCAAAGUGAUAGAAGCCAUGCAUCUGAUUCUGAUGUAAGUAGAGGAAGCGACAGUCAGGAUAGAAGCGUGCCAGAGAGAAAAGUGGAGAGCGAUAUAGAAUGUACUGAAAGAACAGACAAAAUUGAAAUUAGCGAAGUUAGCGAAGUUGGAAAAAUUAGUGAAGUUAGCGAGGUUGGCGAAGUUGGCAAAAAUGACGAGGUUGGCGAAGUUAGCGAGGAGCAUGAGAGGAAACAGAAGAAAACGAGGAAAAAAAACGCAUUGAAAAAAUACAGAAAAUAUUUCACAAAAAAGAAAAUUGAAGAAAGCGAAAUAAAAUCAUCAUCUGACGAAAACUUCUUUACAGCAGAAAAAAAUAAUAAAAGAAAAAACGAAGAGCGUUAUACUAUUAAUAAUAAUGUAGAAAAUAAUUGUGACAUGUCUAUAUUUAAUGAUCAACCAAUAAAUGAUUCAUUAUUUUCACGACCACAAAAUGGGUCAGAAACUGAAAAGGGUUCCGAAAAGGGUUCUGAAAAGGGUUCUAGUGAUAAUAUAGACGAAUCUAUUAACGAAGAAGACACAUCUGAAUAUAAAAAAAGCUCAGAAACAUAUAGUAGGAAAUAUACAGAUGAAGAUGUUAGUAGAAGCAUGAGAUCGAGUCACAGUUAUGAUAAUAGUAGAUACAGUCAUAGUUAUGAUAAUAGUAGAGAUAGUCAUAGUUAUAAAAGUGAUCGAGAAAAUGAAAGCAAAUAUGAUGAAACAGAAUCUAAGUCAAGUUAUAAAAAAGAGGAAAUGCGAAAUAAAAUAAAAAAUGUUAAUAAAAAAAGUGAAAUAUUGUUAAACAUGUUAUUCAAUGCUAAUGAAAUACAUAUGAACAAGUCAGGCGAUUUAAGAGAUGAUAUAAAGAAUAAAAAAGAAAAUAAAAAUAAACAAUUUGAAAAUAACCAAAAAAUUAUUAAAACUAUUUUAAAUGUUCAUGAAAAAAAUAAAGCUGAUGUUUAUUAUAGUGAAAAUAAUUUUACACAAAUAUACAAAGAAGGAAAAGAUGAAAAAGGAGAAUCUAUAGAUAAUAAAAAAAUAAAUAAACAUAAAAUUGAAAAAAAAAACGAAACAGGGUUUAAUAAACAAAAUGAAGGAGAAAGACAAAUAUAUGAUUUAAGAAAUAAUGAAAAAUAUUGUUUUAUAAAAGAUAAGAAUGAUUUAUUUUUAGGAAAUGAAGAUGAAGAAUUUACUGAAAUAAAAAAAAAAUAUAAUAAAAUAUAUGAAAAAAAUAAAUUAGAAAAAAAAAAAGUAAUGAAUUUAAAUUAUAUAUAUAAUAAAUAUAAAAUAUUAUUAUCCGAAAUAAAAUCAAAUGAAUAUAUAAAUUCUGUAGAAAGAAAAUUAAAUUUGAUCGAAAAUUCAUUAUUUUGUAUAUCAGAUAUAUAUAAAGAAAAUAAUGAUGUAGAUGUAGAUUCCAAAUUAAAUAUAACACAAAAAUUAUCAGAAUUAUUUGAAAAUGUUACUGAAAAUGUCUUAGAUGCAUAUGAUGAAACCAUUAAAGGAAAGAAUGUUGAUAAUAAUUUAAAUAUUAAUAAAAAAAAUAAUAAUAAUGAAAAAAAAAAAAAUGAACAAUUAAAUUUAUCUUGUGAUUUUAAUUUAUUUUUAAGAAUUUGCAAAAUAAUUUUAAAUGACGAAAAUCUAGUAUAUACAAAUAGCAAAAAAAAUAUAAUAUUUUAUAAUAAUAUAUAUAAAAUAAAUUAUUUAUUUAAUUGUGUAAAAAAUAAUGAUAUCUUAUUUAAUGUAUAUUGUAAAGAAUUAAUCUGUCCAUUUGAAAAUUUAUUUAAAGGUAAUAAAGAAAUAAAAAAUGAACAUGUUAAUAAAAAUUUAAGCGAUAAAAAAAGUCAGAUAAAAUGGCCAAAUUUUUCAUAUAUAAAAAAGGGAAUAAUUGAUAAGAUAAAUAUUUUAUGGUUCUAUGAAAUAUAUGAAGAAAUACAUUAUUUACAUUUAUAUAAUUUAAAUAAUAUAAAUAGUAAAAUGUUAACUAUAUCAAUAGAUUCACCACUCGAAUGUAUUGAUAUCGUUUUCUUAAAUAGUCUUAUUCCUUUAGAUUCUUUUUAUAAUUCCAUAAAAAAUCAUUAUUUAAUGUUAAUCACGGAGCAAACAUUUUAUUUUUUUAAUAUUCAUUUAUAUUUCAACUGUGAAGAAGAUUAUAAUAUUUCCUUGGGUGAACAAUUAAUAUAUCAAAAUAUAUAUCCUUUUUAUUUUAAUAUAUAUUUGUUUCUUUUAUUUAAAUUACCAAAAGGGUCUAAAAAAAAAUUUGAAUAUAUUAAAUCUCUUGAAAAAAAUGAGCGGAUAUUUUUAGUCCAAGAUGAUGGAAAUGUACUUGAAUUUGUAUAUGAAAAAGAGGAUAUUUUAAAGCCUCUUAACAUUUUUAAACAUAUAAUAAUUAACACAUUAUCUAUAUUAGUAAAUAAAGUAAAUAAUGCAUUCUUUUCCAAUAACAGAAAUAUAGAAUAUGAUUCGGAUAGAGAUGAAGAAGAUGAUGCAUACAUGGCAAAUGAUAAAAGUAGAUACAAACAACAUCUUAACAAUCUUAAUAAAUUAAGAUCUUCUUCAAAUCGGUCUGUAAUUAGUGGAUACGAUUACACGAAUGAUAGUAGAGGCAGUUUUGUUGAUGAAAAUGGUGAAAAUGGAAAAAAUGGUGGAGACGGUAAAAAUGGCAAAAGCGAUGGAAACGACGAAAAUGAUCCAUAUCUAUACCAAUAUAACAAAAAUAUAUAUUGUGAUAAUAUUCAACAACUACCCAUAAAAUUUUAUUUAAAAAAAAUAGUAAAUCCAUAUUUUAUACCUUAUUUUUAUUUUCACAAAAAUAAAGUAAAAAAAAUAUUAAUAGAUAGCGAAAGAUCAAUAUUGUAUGUAUUAUAUGAAAACAGUGAUUUGUAUAUAAAACUAUUAUCAAGCACUUCUAACAAAAAUAAAAAUUAUACAUCUGAAACUAUUAUAUUUAGUAAAAGCGAUUUAAUACGUGAAGUUGGGAAUAUAUUUUUUGUAGAUGAUACUAAAGCUUUACAUCAUGAUAUAUAUAUGGGUGGUAAUUCCAAUAAUAAUAUGAAAAUUUCGAAUGAUCGAAAUUUUUAUCCAUUAAAUAUUAACAUGGAUGGUAUUGGAAACUCAGAUAAUUACAUAGAUGCUAAUAAUGUACCUCAUUUUGGAGAAACACAUUUUAGCAAUUCUAACAAUUUCGCUAGCUAUGGAAAUAGAAAUAUACAUAGCAGGCAAGGAAUAAAUAACCCCAUAACAGGAAAUUCAAAUAUGAAAAAUAAAAAUAAUAAUAACAAUAAUAGCAAUAUUAACAAUAUUAACAAAUUUAUGUAUCCAUCGAAUAUGGAUCAAGGAUUACUUAAUAAGCUCGAAAUAAUUGACAUCCAUAUUAAUUAUGUUUAUGAAAGAAAUAAUAUAUUUUUAAAAAUGAUUGAUAAUAAUUUAAAUAUAUAUUAUAUUUCUCUUGUUAAAAAUAUAGAGAGUAACAGUUUUAAAGUUGUAUUGAAAGAUUUUCAAAAUUACCCUCAUAAAAAAGGGCUUAAAAUUAAUGAAAAGAAAUCUCAGGUUGUAUUUACACACCAAUUAAAAAAUUUAUUCAUUGUUUUGAAAAAAGUUACAAAAGGAAAAAAAAAAAAUACUGACGAAAAAUCAGGAUAUUCUGAGAAUCACGAAAACGAUGAAUGGAAUGUGACAAAAAAACAUGAUGGAGUCAACACAAAAAGCCGUGGUAUAUUUGACAAAUCAAAUAACUUUGGAUUUUCACAACCUCCACCUUUUAAAUUUAUGGGUGAUAAUAUUAUGAACAGUCAGGAAAUAAAUUAUAAAAACAGCGAAAAUGAAAAAAAAAAAAAAAAUGUUAAUAAAAAAAUACACAAGCAAGGAAAUAAAGAUGAUGAAAUAGAUUGGGAAGAUGCUCAUGGAUAUUUUGAUCCAGAAGACGAAAACAAAGAUAAAAAUGAUGAAAUAAAUAAACGAAUGUCAUCAGAUAACAAGCAGAAUAAAGAAACAGAAGAAGUUUAUUAUAAAUUAAAAUUGCUGACCAGUUCAGAUGAAAAUGGAAAUAUUCUGAACACUAACCAUUCGAGUAACUCACCAAAAAGCAAAUUUAUUUUUAAAAACGUAAAUGAAUAUAUAAUAAAUGAGGAAAUUAUUGGAAUUAUGUAUAAAAAAAAAAAUUAUUAUUUUCAUGAAUUUUUUGAAACAACACAAAAAAAUAAUGCUAUAAAAGAUUUAUAUUUAGAUAAAAUGAAAUAUAAUAAUAUUAACGAAAUACAAAGUGCAGGUAGAAUUGGAAAUAUUUCCCCAAUCAAUGCACCUAACUCAAAUUUAGGAAUGAGCCAUCAUAAUUCAAUACCAAAUAAUUUGAUAAAUAAUUACACACAAAAUUCAUCUUCGGGUACAACUAAUAAUAUGAAUUUUUUAAAAAAUGAAAGAAAUGGAAUACCAAUGUAUUAUUAUGAUAAUUCAAAAAAAAAUUUACCAUAUUAUUUAAAUAAUCAAAAUAACUUUAUGCCAAAUAAAAAUAAUUUAAUUAUUAAUGACAAUUUACUUUUCAAACCCAACGAUAGAUCUAGUAGUGAACACAAAGAUAAUUUAAAAAAUAUUCCUCCUUUCUAUUUAAAUGAAAAUACAGUUAGCGAAUAUCAAGAAUAUUAUGAUGUGUUAAUAAUAACAAAUAAAAGUAUAUAUUAUAUAAGUAAAAAUACAAAAGUUCAAAAAAUCGAAAAAAUGAUAAAUAAUUAUUUACCAUAUAAAAUAUCUUUUGAAAAUAGAAAUAUUAAAAAUAUAUUUAUCAACGAAUUAAAAAUUAAAGAAGCCAUGAUAAAUAAUGAAAAUAUAAAUUCAGAAAAAAAUAAUUUUCCACCUCAAAUAUUAGAAAAACAAGUUCUUGCAUAUAUUAAAGAAAGAGCAAAAAAUGGAAAUAUCCCUUUUAAUAAAAAUUUAAAUGAUAAUAAUAUGAACAAAAGUGAAGAGGAUAGUACAUCAAAUUCUAUGACAGUUUUUUUGAAAAAAAAAAAUGAAUACGAAUUAGUAUAUGAAUAUUUUAUAAAUCAAAUAAUACAAAUAUCAACAAGUGAAGAAUUUUUAUUUAUUAUAUGGUGUCUUCUUUUAAAUCAUGUUCAUAAAUAUGAAAUCAUGUGUUUCAAUAAUAUACACAAUGUUGCUGAUUCAAGAAAUUCAAAUAUUUCUGGAAAAUAUUCUGAUAAUCGAUCAAAUAAUAAAAUCGAAGAUUUACAAACUUCAUAUGAUUUGGGAUUCUCAAAAGGGUAUGGUAAUAAUUAUAAUUAUUCAAUACAAGGCAAAAAUCAACAUAAUCGUAUUUUCGAACUUAAUCAAAAUUUUAAUACCGUUGGCAAAUCUCUAAGUUAUAAGCACCCAUAUAAUAGGGUCGAGAUAAAUAAUACUAAUUAUUCAAACAAUAAUAAUAAUAACAGUUUUAAAUUAAAGGAAGGAAAUCAUGACAUAGAUAAUGGACACAUCGAUUAUGACAUUUUAAACAGAAUCUAUAAAAGAACCCCUUUUAAAUUUGGGUUCAUUGAUAAUAAUGCUGAUUAUAUAAUAAAACAAGGGAAAUUACAAAAAGCUAUGGAAUUAGAAAUAAAAACAAGAAAGGUAAAAGGGAUAAAUCAUUUAUUUAAUGAUAAUAUAAAUGAAUUAGAUAAUGAAAUAGGAAAAAAUGUAAAUAAAGGAAAUAUAAAUUCAAUCGAAUCAAAAUAUCAAGGAAUCAAUGAUAGUAUAAAUAAAAAAAUAGUUUACUCAGAUGCUGGAUAUACAAAUUUAUAUAAUAUGUAUCAAAAAAAGAAUACAAGAGAUAAAUUAUUAACAUCCGAGAAAAAUAAAAGUGGAAAUUUUGCAUUUGAAUAUUUAACAAAUAAAAAUUUUGAUAUUUUAUUUUUAAAAAAUGUAAAUAUGUAUAAUAGUUCGUUACAUAUAAUUUCAAGAGGGUUAUUACUAUUGCUUAGUCGAUUACUUAAACCUGUUAUGUUCAUAAAUAUAUUUACCUAUGAAAAAUAUAGAGAUACACAAUUUUUCAAAUUUUUAAAUCAUAGUAAUGAAAAAAAAGAAAAUAAAUAUAAUGAUGAUAAUUAUGUAGAGCAAAAUACGAAAUAUAGAUCCUCUACAAAAGGUAUGAAAUUUCAAAAAAUUGGAGAAAAAAAUUCUAAAAAUUAUGAUAAAAAUUGUAUUUCGAUAAUAUGUAAUGACAAAGAUGAUGAAAUUGAGGAAAGCUUUUAUAGCAUGAAGGAUUAUUGCAUUGUCAGAAUAAAUGAUGAUUAUAUAGCUAAUUUUACAAAAAAAGGAAAUAAAAAAAGAAAAAGAAAUAUAUAUGAAAGUAAUGAUAUAUUAAUACUUAAAGGAGUUGUUCCUUUAGAUUGUUGUCUUAAUUUAAUUGAAAAAUUAAAAUGUUUAAGUAUAUGUGUAAGUAUAGUAUUAACAAAUUUAUUAAAAAGAAAAAAAGAUUAUACAAAUAAAAUGAAAGGAAUCACCGAUGUUUCAAUUAUUAAUAUAUACUAUGAUUAUACAGUUAUAAUGGUAAAUGAGAUAAAUGAAUUUUAUUCAGUUUUAAAUUUUAUUAAUUUUAGUAUAGAAUAUUUAUUAAUAUAUUGUAUCAUUAUUUGCGAUUAUUAUAGAUGUAAAAAAAUUAUUAAAAAAAAAAAUGUCGAAAAAAAAAAAAAUAAUUUUUUAUAUUUGCCAAGUAGCUUAUUUGAUUUAUUAAUCAAAUGUAAUUUUUUAAAGGUUUAUAUGAGUAAAACUUAUAGAGAAAUAUUAAAACAAUGUUUAUUUUAUUUAAUCAAAUCUGGAAAAUAUAUACCUGUAGAUUUUUUUCAAGGAUAUAUAAUACACAAAACUGAGUUCCUUGCACUUUUUUUAAUAAAAAAAAUUGAAGAGGAAAUUUUUUUAAAAAAAAAAAUGAAAAUUAAAGAUAAUUUUGAAUAUUACAAAAAUGAUGGACGUUAUGAUACAAAAUAUGAUGAAUUUCUUGCAUCUGAAAAAAGAGCAGAACAUUUCAUAAAUGCAAAUUUAAAAGAUUCUCUUGUAAAUAUAAAUAUAUUUAAAUUAGUUAUUUUGUUAUAUAAAGCAGAUUAUUACAGAUGUGCUAGCACAUUGAUAUCUUUUUAUAUAGAUUCAUAUUAUAAGACAUUACCAACUGAUGAGAAAGAUGUGAACAAGGAUAAUCAAAAUGGAAAUAACAGAAAUUCUAGAUAUGGUCAUUAUAUUGAUAUAAAUUUAAAUAUAUAUAAUUAUGAAAAUAUGUUAUUUGGUAAUAAUAAUAAUAAUGAACAUAUAGAUAAUAAAAUUGGUGGAAUAUACAACAAUGAAAUGGUUAUUUCAAAUAUUGGAAUAAAAUAUAAUAAAUAUUUUUAUGAUUUAUAUACAUCUUGUUUUUUACCUGUUGAUAAGAUUGUACAUGUAAAUUAUUUAAAAUAUUUAUUUAAACAUGAUGAAAAAAAAAAAAAUAAAAUAAAAAGAUUUUUAAUAACAUUGUUAGAAUAUUCAAAUGAUAUUAAUUUUCAUUUUUUUAUUUUUAAUUUAAUUUUGUAUAAAUGCAAAAAUGAAUUUCCAUGUUCUAUUUUUGAUUUCACAAUUUCCCCAUAUUUAUAUUUUUAUGUCAAGCUUAAUGAAAUGAAUAUUAAAGAUGCAUAUAUAUAUUAUUUUAAAGAAUUAAAAUAUCAAGAUAUUGUUAUAUUUUUUUCAAGAAAAGCAUUUAGAAAAUGGGACAUAUCACCAGAUAAUAUAACAUCUUUAAAAUUAAUUUCAAAAAUAUUAAAUUUUAAAAAAAAUAAUAUAAUAAAUAAAAAUGAAAGAUCAAAAGAUUCUCAUAAUAAUUCAGUUCGAAAAAUCGAAAAUUUAGACAAAUCAAAAAUAGAUAAUCAAUAUGUAACAAAAGAGAAACAAUUUGAUAUAGAACAUGAUAAGAUUAAUAAAAAUUUGGGUGAUAAUUUCCUAGAUCCAUCAUCUCAUUUUUCUGUUAAAAUGGCUAGCCAAAAUAAAAAUUAUGAACAAGCAAUGAAUGCAAAUAAAAAUUAUGAACAAGCAAUGAAUGCAAAUAAAAAUUAUGAACAAGCAAUAAAUAUAAAUAAAAAUAUCCUUUUAAAUGAGCUAGCUAGAAAUAAUUAUCUUUUUGAAAACAAUUUUAUUGAUAAUAAUAAUUUAACAAAAAACCCAUUAUAUAACAACGAAACAAAAGAAAUAUUUUGUAGUAUUUACAAAUAUUUAUUUCGUAUUAUUUCUUAUCCUAGUUUAAAAAAUAGAUUAGAAUAUAUUGAUAAUUGCAUGAAAGCGAAAAUUUUUUUUAUUCAAAAAAUUUUUUAUUUUAAAAACAAACAAAAUAAAAACGAGGGACAAAAUAGUAUACCAAUUAAUUAUAUAAAUGGUGAGAUAUAUGGAUCUAACUCUGAAAUAAAAAAUAAAAAUACAGAUUAUAAUAGAUCAGAAUCUGGGCGACGAAAUGGUAAUAAAAAAAAUAAUAAUGAAUAUUUCAUAAAUGAUCAAGUUGUUAAGGUUCCAGGAAAUGGAAAAUAUUCGAGUGUACAAGACAUAUUAAAUAUUAACUGUUAUUUGAAAAAAGAAGUUUUAAAAAAUUAUUAUUUAGUAGACAAAACAAUAUCUUAUGAUAAUAUAUAUUCAAAUAGUAUAAAAUUACUUUUUGCAAAUAAUAAAUGUCUUUUUAAAUUAAAAGAUGAAUAUAUAUCGAAUCAUAAUAAUUAUUAUUUAAAUUUAAAAGAUAUAAAAAAAUAUAGAACUUCAUUAAAUUAUCAGAAAAUGUUAUUUUACGAAAUUGUUAACUUAUUUGUAUUUUAUGUCUAUAAAUUUUGUGAUUGGAAUUUUUUAAAAAAUUAUUUUGAUAUACUUAUAAAUGGAUCUAAAGAAGAUGUACAAAAGGUUCUAGAACAUUUUAAUAAUAUUAAUAAUGAAGAAAUAGAUGUAAUUAAUAAAUCUUUUUCAAACAUGUAUAAUUAUCUAUGUCGAAAUAAAUAUGAAUAUGUUAAUGAUAUAAUAAAUGAUUAUAAUCAAAAAAUUAAAAAUAUAAAAUUUAAAAUUAACAUAUCGAGAAUAAUAGACAUAAUUGAUACAUUUAAAGAAUAUUUAAUUGUGAUUCAAACAAAUAUAUAUACAAAAGAAGAAUUAAAAAAUAAUAUAUUUAUUAAAAGUAAUUUUUUAUUUAAAAAUUUUUUACCAUCUUUUAAUUUACUAAAAUUAAUAAUUUUAUGUGAUAAAAAAAAAGAAAAAAUUGAUAAUUUAAAUAAUAAUUGUUUUUCCACAGUAAAUGCAAUGUUAAAAAGAGAUCCAAAAUGUAACUCUUUUUAUUUUUCAAAUUAUUCUUUUUGUUUUGAAAGAUUAAUAGAUUUAUCAUUAUCUUUAGCUAUCUGUUUUGAAGAUGUACAUUUUAUUAUUAAUUAUAUUGGAGAUAUAUUAAAACUAUAUGAUCAGAAUUUUAACAUUUCAUUAUAUUUAUUAGUUGUUUUAAAAUUACACAAAUUUAUUAACAAUUUAUUUGAAAUAAAAAAAAUACGUCUCCUUUUAAAAAAAAAAAUCGAUUAUAUCAAAUCUCAAAAAUAUAAUGAACCAAUGAGAUUAAUCUAUUUUUUAAAUUGUAUACCAUUAAUUUAUCUCGACCCACAAAUGAAUGUUAUUUUAAUAAAUGAGUCAUAUGAAUAUAAAGGGAAUCAAGAUAAAAUUAUAUUUUCGAAAUUAUCUCCAUUUUCUUUAAUUUCGAAAAUGGUAAAUAACCAAUUAAGAAGUGUCUAUUCAUAUCACGACUACACAGAUAACUAUAACGACAUCGAGGAGGAAGAGUUAGGAGGCGCGAAAAGCGAAAGUAACAAUGGUAAAGGCGAGAACGAUAGCGGAGGUGAGAACGGUAGCGAACCAAAUUAUGUAGACACUUUGAAGAAAAAAAUAAAAUCGGGUGAUACCACUUCAAUAGGGAAAGAGUGUAGAAAAGCAUUAUAUUACCUGUAUAAUGUUAAUUACACUUUUAAUGAGGGAAAUGAUAAUUUAGGAAAGAAAGGAAAUUAUCCAGAAGCUAUUGUUUUAAGCCAUCAUAACUAUUGUUUCUAUAUAACAUGGAUAUCAAAUCUUCUUUUAAAUCAUAAAGUCGAUUAUAAAUCACUAAUAAAUGUUUAUUUAAAAAUUCAUAACAAUUUAAAACAUAAAAAAGCAUCAAAUUUAGAAGAACAUGAAAUAUCUAUAAUUAUUUAUUAUUUAUUUACAAUGUGGAUAAAUGGUGAUAAAAAUAAUAGUUCUUUCUUUUUUUAUAACGAAGAUCCAAGUUAUAAUGAAAAAAAUAAUAUUGGAUAUUUUUUAAAAGAUAGAUAUGGAAAAUUAGAAUAUGUUAAUAAUUAUUCAUUGAUAACAUUAUUAAAAGAAUUGUUAUCUAGAGCAGAAUUUUAUUUUGAAUACACAUCAGAUGCAGCAUCUAGAAAUUAUGAUAUUAGUUGUAUAAUUUUAGAUUCAUCUAUAUAUGAUCAUGAUAAUUUUAAAAAAUCGUCUGUUGAUAUUUUAGCAAAAUUUUUUGAUGAAAUAUAUCUAACCUUUAACGAUGUACUUACAAAAAUACCAUUUUUAAAUCAUAUUAUUGAAUUUCAAAAUAUACACGAAUUUUUAAAGAAAUUCAAAAUAUAUCUGGAAGAAAUAACAUACAAGGUUGCUCUUAGCGAGCAAGCUUACAUUUGA